AAUACUUCCGUAGCUUAUUAUUGUGUGACGAAGAAUCAUCUACUAAUCAUUUAUAUUUGACAUUUUGAAAGAUAAAAAUGCUUUUCUUUCUGGAAUAAUUAUUCCAAUGACUUUAAUUUCUUUGUAGUGUUGUGUGUGUAUUCAAAACAUCUUAAAUGAUUGGAAAUAGGCUUCUUUAUUGAAAAUUGAAUCUAAGAGGAUAUCACUGACAAUAACAGUCAUCCUGGUGCCUAGAAGGAAGCCUGUUAUGUCUGGUGACCACAGAACUGUUAUUAAAGGUGCUCCUAGUCAGUAUGUAAAACUAAAUGUUGGUGGAUCUUUGCAUUACACUACCAUUGGCACAUUAACCAAAAAUGAUAGCAUGCUACGGGCCAUGUUUAGUGGCCGUAUGGAAGUAUUGACCGAUUCAGAAGGCUGGAUAUUGAUUGAUCGCUGUGGUCGACAUUUUGGCUCUAUUCUCAAUUUUCUACGCGAUGGAUCUGUUCCUUUACCCGACUCAACAAGGGAAAUAGCUGAACUUUUAGCGGAAGCGAAAUAUUAUUUAAUUCAAGAACUUUCUGAAUGCUGUGAGACUGCUUUAAGAAAACGUGAAAUGGAUCUUGAACCUAUUUGCCGUGUACCAUUAAUAACUUCAUCGAAAGAAGAGCAGAUGCUGAUCAGCUCAUCGACUAAGCCUGUUGUAAAACUUCUUAUCAACAGACAUAAUAAUAAAUACUCCUAUACUAGCACAUCUGAUGACAAUUUGCUGAAAAAUGUUGAGCUAUUUGACAAGCUGUCCCUUCGCUUCAGUGGUCGUGUGUUAUUUAUUAAAGACGUCAUUGGAAGCAAUGAAAUCUGCUGUUGGUCAUUUUAUGGCCAUGGCAGGAAAGUAGCUGAAGUGUGCUGUACUUCCAUUGUAUAUGCCACUGACAAAAAGCAUACCAAGGUUGAAUUUCCAGAAGCAAGAAUUUAUGAAGAAACUUUGAAUAUACUUUUGUAUGAAAAUAGAAAUGGUCCAGACAUGGACUUGAUGCAAGCCACUAGUACUCGUGGCGCAGUUUCCAUGGGAACAACUUACACCAGUGACGAUGAAGAUGACAGGCGCACCCCUGGUUCCUCCUCUCGAGAAAGCAGAGACAGUUGCCAUUUGAAUCGGAUUCGUAACACAAAGCAAACUAGUUAAACGUAAUGAUGAAUGUAUUCAAUCAUUACCAUUAUCUGAGUUAUGUAUCUUCAAUGUCUAUAUUUGUUCAUAAGAGUUAACUUGUAUUUGAUGUUGAAUAUUAUAAGGCUACAUUAAAAAGUGAAAUGUGUUUAAAACGGAGUUGAAAUUGUUUUUUAAUACAUAAGCUUAAAUUUUUCUAAAA